ACGGCUGCAUAACUUCCAGGUGACGGAUGCUCUGCAGCGAGUCGGGGCGAGCCCUGCAGACUCUGUGAUGAAAUAAAAAAAAUGCGUAAAAAAGAGAAUUUACAUUGACGGAGCAUCAUAAAUACCGUUUAACUCGUGGACAUGCUUACAUUCUCUCCUCAGCUCUGCACAUGAGUAGUUCAAGGCCGCUCCUGCACUUUUGAUGCAAACAACUGUUUUACGCUGAGACGUCAUGUUGGAUACAUUUGGAUCGCAGAGCGCUGUUGUGCACGUCUCCAGCGCGGAGCUCCAUCUCAAACUGACCGACAACAAGAACAGCCUGGUCGGGAUGGGGAUGGAGAACGGCACUGGGAAGAAACUCAUAGAGAUAACUGGACCAGCGUUAUCCAAAAGAAAACUUCUGGUGGGGUUAGACCUCCUCUGCCUCUUCCUGGCUUCCAUCCCUUUCUUUGCGUGUGAGCUGAAGGCAGUGAGUCCUUACAGGAGGGGCUUCAUGUGCGGGGACCCCAGCAUCAGGUAUCCUUAUCUGCAUCGAGAGGCCAUACCUGACGAAUUACUCAUCGCCGGUGGCAUCAUCAUCACCGGCCUGACUAUCGCUCUGGGGGAGUGUUACCGUGUUCGUUUCAGAGGCAUCAGCUCUAAGGCCUUCGUGAGGAACCUGUAUGUGUCCUGUCUCUACAAGGAGCUGGGCGGCUUCCUGUUCGGCUGCUUCGUCGGACAGUCUCUGACCAACAUGGCCAAGCUGAGUGUCGGGCGGUUGCGACCGCACUUCCUGUCUGUGUGCGGUGUCACCUAUGCGUCGCUUAACUGCACACCUGGAACCUACGUUGCAACAGUGAACUGCCGCCAGCCUGACCACCGGUUGGAGGAAGAGGCCAGGAAGUCUUUCUUCUCUGGCCACGCUUCCUUUGCGAUGUACACAAUGCUCUAUUUAGCAUUUUACCUGCAGGCGAGGUUGACAUGGCGCGGUGCUCGGCUGCUGAGGCCGGCGCUGCAGUUCUUCCUGGUUCUGCUGGCGGUCUACACAGGUCUGACCCGAAUCUCAGACUUCAGGCACCACCCGUCCGACGUGCUCACAGGCUACAUACAGGGCGCCCUGACUGCUUACUGGGUGGCAUUCCAUAUCUCUUCCAUGUUUAAAAGCUCCAGUUCAUGUCUGUCUCCGACUGACACCCUGGACAGCCCGUUGUCGCCCCUCCACACUGUCUGCUAAACCUCACCUCUACCAACCCCUGCCACCUGCUGCCUGUAGUUUAGAGUGGACAGACAAGAAAUAUGAAGAAUGUGAGACCAUUUCCUGUGAAGUCAAACCACAUACCUCAGUAUUGGAGCAUUGAGAUACAGGGAGAUACUGAAUGUGACUGAACGUGAAAUAGGAGAGAGGAAAAGGGAGGGUGCUAAAAACGAGUGUAAGCAGCCAGAGCACCUGACCUUUUGACCUUGUGACGGACCUUAGUUCCAUGUGUACAUUCACCUGUGAGAAAAGAAGACUGAAUCCUGAACACACAGCAACCACUUCCCACUCUAAACGUCACCUGUAAAUAUAUACAUAUUUUGUACAACGAAUGAUACUGUAAAAGCACUUUUUGCCCUACUGAAAAAGUUAAAUGUUGACUUUAAUUAAAUGUAUUGUGUCAACAGAUUUCACUUAACCGUAUAAGGUUAGUUGAG